AUGACCUACACAGCCUGCGGCUCCGAGUUGGAGAACCGGGGGUGUCAGAGCCAGGGCUCCGGCCUGCGCCUGCCCGUCUCCACUGCAAUCCGGAGCCCGCCAGCCCUGAUCGCUGAGCUGGGCCAGCCGCGGGGCUUUCGGCACAGCGACAAGCCACCUGCCCUUCGACGGCAAGGCAGCAGACAGACGACGGACGACGGACGGUUUCCCUGCGUGACUCAGGACAGACAGACUGUCUCAGCCCCAGGCCAAGGUGCCACAAGGAUAGGCAGCUUCUUCAGACCCCUGACCUGCACUCAGCACCCCUCCCUGCGGACACCCUGCGGCGGCACUGCCGAGAACUUCUAUCCCAGCCAGUGUCUGCAGAGGAAAUGCUGCCACGACAACGGCACCUGCUUCCACCGCGCCAUCGAUGCGCCGCGCCAGCGCCGGAACGCCGGGAUCCUGGGGGGGCUCUGCGUGGGGGCCGCCGGCCUCUUCCUCUGCGUCUGCGUCGCCUGCAGGCUGAAGGGCACCCGGGCAGCAGGGAAGGAGACUGGGAAGCCGAAGUCAACGUCGGAUGCAGAGGCGGCUGAUUAUCUGACGAAGCUGCUGGAGGAGAGUGACCAGGAGGAAGAGCCAAAAGAGGGGGGAGAGUAGGGACAGGCUGGGGGGGAGCCCCCCCCCACCUGGGCUGCUGCACCCCUCAUACAAUAAAGGGUUAAUUUCCCCCC